UGAAUGGAUGAGGGAGACAUCUCAUUUGUUAUACCUCAGAGGCACAUGUAAUGUUUUCUUACCCUUCUGAGGCACACAUGUCUUGAUUUUCUAAGACAAAAAGGCACAUGUUAGCUCAAAUAAUAUUGGUUUAUGUCUACUUUCUAUAUAGCCUUGAAUAUCAACAUGUAAUGAAAUCAUACAUUCAACGUGCACAAGUGUUUGCCACGUUACAGUUUGUCUUUUCUAAUAAUUUCGAACAUUUAAAUAAAAAAAAACCAAAUCUAAUCAUGAAAAUUCAUAGACUCAAGAACAAAAAUCAUCAUCCAAAGGAUUGUUUAGAACUAUAGCAUUCCAUCGAAUCGUUAUACCUGAUUUCAGAUCAGAUCAUAGGAAAUAAUAUCCAAGUGAUCUUAGAAGAUCCAUAUUAUUGAAGGCAACAAUGUAAUAAUGGCAUUUGAGAGAUGUACAAUGAUUAUUAAAUAUCAAAUCUGUGAUAUCAGCUCAAUUAUAACUAAACUAAUCCAAAAAAAACUUUGAAGAUGCAAAUAAAAAAAUCAAAACUAUGAUGAGAGAGGACCAAUUUAUUAACAGCCAGUGACUUAUGUUCUCUCUCUUUUUGUCUUGGGAUUCUCUUAAGUCAACCAAUUUUCUUCUAUAAAUAAUCAAUCAUUCAGCUUAGUUCACUCUCCAAAGACAAAGGGACAAACCCCAAAACCAAAUUGAAAAAAGUUUACCUUUCUUUGUUCCCACUCUUUCUUCUUCUAUCAAGCUUUCAAGUUAUGGACACAGAGGAAGUUCCUUCGCCUGUGACGCCGGGGACGCCCGGAGCCCCACUGUUUGGAGGACACAAGGGGAAUCACCAUGGAAGUGAGAAUGGUAAAAGGUCUCUUCUCAAGAGCUGCAUCUCCUUCAAUGUUAAUGAUUGGGGCACCGAAGAAGGAAGCUUAUCUAAAGUCUCACUUGCAAGGAAGGUUGGAGCGGAGUUCAUUGGCACUCUGAUGCUCAUCUUUGCUGGAACUGCCACUGCUAUCGUGAACCAAAAGAUACAAGGAACUGAAACGCUCAUUGGCCUAGCAGCCUCCACAGGCAUGGCAGUGAUGGUUGUCAUCUUAUCGACCGGCCACAUCUCCGGAGCCCAUCUGAACCCAGGCAUCACCAUUGCUUUCGCUGCACUAAAGCACUUUCCAUGGAAGCAGGUGCCGGUGUAUAUUGGAGCUCAAAUAGUAGCUUCUCUAUGUGCGUCAUUUGCAUUGAAAUGGAUAUUUGAUCCCUUUAUGGGUGGAGGAGUGACUGUUCCUUCAUGUGGAUAUUCUCAAGCUUUUGCUCUUGAGUUUAUCAUUAGCUUCAACCUCAUGUUUGUCAUUACCGCCGUUGCCACCGAUACUCGGGCUGUGGGAGAGUUGGCGGGAAUCGCGGUGGGAGCAACAGUCAUGCUCAAUGUCCUCAUCGCCGGGGAAACGACUGGAGCUUCAAUGAAUCCAGUGAGAACACUGGGGCCAGCCAUUGCUGCAAACAAUUUUAGAGCCAUAUGGAUUUACCUCACAGCUCCCAUACUAGGGACAUUAUGUGGAGCUGGAAUCUACACUGCAAUUAAGUUGCCUGACCAAGAUGGCGAUGCACGCUUGCCUUCCACUGCAAGAAGCUUUCGAAGAUGACGACAGCUCCCUCGCCCGAUCUACCUAUAUAACCUGAAAAACGUGAUGAUCAUUAGAUUGUUGAGUGAUCAUACAGAUCAUAAGAGAACAAUAAGAUGGAAAACCAAAUGAAUUAUUGGUAGUAAAUACAUGACAGAACAGCGUCGACAGACUGGGUUCAGAUAUCGGUCUUGUGUAUGAUGAUACAAAGGAUUUCCAGUUUUUAACAAUGAAAAAGAAACUCCCAAGAAUUAUCUUGUAAUCUGAAAUGAAGCAAUAGAAGUUGACUUGUAAAA